AUGAAGAACCGGACGCUGGUGGUGGAGUUCCUGCUCCUGAGACUGGCUGAAGGCCAGGUGCUGUGGCUGCACGCUGCGCUUUUCUUGAUGAUCUACCUCAUGGCUGCACUGGAGAAUGUGGUCAUCCUGCUGCUCACGCUUGUUGACUGCCGUCUCCACACCCCCAUGUACUUUUUCCUUAGGCAUUUCUUGGACCUGUGUCUCAUUUCUGCUACCAUGCCCAAGUCCAUCCUAAACUCCUUCACGCUCUCGGACUCCAUCUCCUUCCUGGGGUGUGUGCUGCAGCUCUUCUUGGUGGUCCUGUUGGCUGGGUCGGAGAUUGGCAUCCUCACAGCCAUGUCCUACGACCGCUAUGUGGCCAUCUGCCGCCCUCUGCACUAUGAGGCUGUCAUGAGCAGCGCUUUCUGUGUCCAGCUGAUGGCCCUGUCGUGGAUCAAUGGGGGGGCCUUCGGAGUCUUGUACUCGGCUGGGACAUUCUCUCUGGAGUUCUGUGGUUCUAAUAGGGUGCAUCAGUUCUUCUGUGACGUGCCUGCCCUUCUGAAGCUCACCUGCUCUGCAGAGCACACCACCAUAGAGGCCAGCGUGGCCGUCGGGGUCUGCUAUGCCUUCUCAUGUUUAGUGUGCAUUGUGGUCUCCUAUGUGCAUAUUUUGUCCACGGUGUUAAAGAUCCCAUCCAAGCAGAGCCAGUCCAAAGCCUUUUCCACCUGCGUGCCUCACCUCAUUGUGGUGAGCGCAUUUCUGGGAACAGGUGCAAUUGCCUAUUUAAAGCCAGCGGCUGAUGGGCCCCCCGUUGUAGACCUGCUGGUGUCUGUGUUCUACUCCACUGUACCUCCAGCCUUGAACCCCCUCAUCUACUGCCUGAGGAACAAGGACAUCCGGUCAGCUCUGGGAAAAGUCCUCAGGAGGGUUAGAAGGAGUCAGCAAUGGCAAUGGGAACAGAACUAA